CUCUCCACCUUUGUUUGCUGUCAACAAAGCACUGACAUUUAAAAUUAGUUACCAAAAGAGGAUAGUACUGAGUUAACUGCAAACUGUAAUUAAAAGCUGUUCCUCCUUCGCUCCAUUCCCCUCAGACCUCAGAGAUUAUGAAUGUCGUGUGGAAAAUGCCUCAGAAAUAUCUGGCAGCAUGAGAAGUCUGGGAAUCUUACUGCAAGCCCCUGGGACAGCAGCAACCAAAGGGAACCUAAGCAGAAACCAAAAAGUCAUCACUCUGACAUGCUUUAGUCUUCAGAGCCCCAUGCAUGUAAAUCUGCUCUACUUAGAGAAGGAACAUGGAGAUGGGAGAGACCAGGCAGAAGAGAAAUGCACCGUGCAGAGCCUGAAAGUCGUCACCAGUGCAGACAGGAGAGCUGCUACUGGCCACAGCUGUGUUUUACUAAUAGACAACAGAAAAAAGUUUCAGACCAAAUUUAUUCUUACAGGAAAAGUGUUUCUGGUAGGGUUAUCAAAUUGCGUUAUGACAGCAAAGCUGCCCAAGCUGAAAGUUUUUGCAGAGGGUCUGACCGUCCUGCACGUGCGCCAAGAUAACCAGACUUCAGAGGAGGGAAUUCCAUCCACAAAUGACAAAGACAUGCUGAUCAGACAAAGACAAAGUAUCUACAUUAAAGUGUUCAUCGCUUGUAUCCUGGUAACGCCUGCGAUAGCCUAUAUCAUAUUUGUUAUAUGUGAAUUUCCCUGCUUGUGCUCAUGCCAUGGCUGGAUCAAGACACACGUCGGUGCGCAGAGCAGCAGAACCAACCUGCCUGCAGCCUCCCUCAGGAAGGAAGCAUCAGGCCAAGAGCCUUACAAGGAAAGAUUCAAAAUCAUUGUCAUUCAUGAGACCUACCUGUGAAAAGCUGCCGGCCUCAGAGGC